AUGGAAACGGAAGCGAAGAGCCCCAUGGAGGCCUCAGGGCAGGAGACGACCUUGGGGCAACUGAGUCAGGAGGCCACCUGCCCGCUCUGCCUGGACUUCUUCCAGCAGCCGAUGGUCCUGGCCUGCGGGCACAACUUCUGCCGCGACUGCCUGGCCCGGCUGGGCGCUGAGGCUUCCUGCCCCCAGUGCAGAGCCAGGGUGGAGCCCGGCAGCGCCUCCCCCAACUGGGCCCUGGCCAACAUCGUCCGCCUGGUGAAGGGGCUUCGGCUGUCGAGGGGGGGAGCCCAGGAGGGGAGCAGCGGCCCCCAGCUGUGCCGGGAACACCAGCAGCCCCUGCAGACCUUCUGCUCCAGUGAGAAGAGCCUCCUCUGCGCCGGCUGCCUGGGGGGGCACCAGGGCCACCCCCUCCUCUCCCUGCCCGAGGCUGCCCGAGAAUACAAGGACCUGCUGGAUGCCCUCCUGGAGGCCCUGAGGAAGGAGGAGCAGCAGCUGCUGGAGCAGAGGCAGGCGGAAGAGCAGAGCCGGCAGGAGUGCCAGGAACAAUUUGCCACCGAGAAGCAGAAGGUCAGCCGGGCGCUGGAAUCCCUGGUGGAGCUGCUCAAGAAGAGGCAGUCAGUCUGGGUCGCCUGGCUGGUCGAGCAGGAGAAGAAGAUGAUGGCCGAAUGGAUGGGCCCUCUGGCCCAGCUCUCCGUGGAGGCUUCCCGCUUGCAGCAGCUGAUUGCCCAGAUGGAGAGGAAGUGCCGCCAGCCAGACGGGGAAUUCCUGCAGGACAUCCAGGACACCGUGGACAGGUGCCGGAGUUACGUGGUGGGGCGCGUGGAGAGUGUCUCCCCCAGGCUGCAAGGCAGACUCCAGACCAUGUUGGAGGAAAACGCUCCUGUAAGGCAGGUUGUGGACAAUUACAAAGCCUCCCUGGAGACGACUCUGACCAGGAAGAAGCUGGAGCGAUCUCUGGCCACGGUCUACGUCACGCCGGACGGCUCGACCGCCCACCCGCGGCUCUGGUGCCAGGGAACCACUCUGACUUUGGUCGACCAAAACCAGGAUCUCCCGGAUCUGCCAGGGAGGUUCAACCAGGAAUUGUGCGCCCUGUGCUGCGGGGUAUUCAAUGCAUGGUGGUACUAUUGGGAAGUGUCUGUGCAGGGUCUAGACAAUGCCCCGGUGGGUGGCAGAGCAUGCUGGGCCAUUGGGGUGGCCAUAGAGUCUGUACGCAGGAAGGGGAGUUUCCAGCUGAGCCCCCAGGAGGAAAUCUGGGCCGUGGGGAAGAGUGUGGAGGGCAAGACGGUCGCUUUCUCCAAGGUUCACGAGAAGCUCAGCUUGCAAAGGCUGAGGUGGCUGCGGGUGUGGCUGGACUACAAGGCAGAAGAGGUGGAGUUCCUGGAUGUAGAGACUGGGGCUUCCCUCUACAUCUUCCGGACAGGGCCCUUCCUUGGGGAGAGGGCCUACCCUUUUUUCUACCUGGGCCAGCAGGGGGUCUCCCUUAAGUGUGAGGAAUAUCCACGUCCAACUGCAACACAUUACAGACGGAUGGACAGUUUUGGAAAGAGGAUCCCUGAAGGCAUCCUGGCCACAGAGGGCUUUAAAAGGACCCAGCAGCGGCUACAAAUAGGGAAGUGA